AUGUCGUUUUUCACCAACCUGGCUUCCAUGGUAACUGAUUUGUUCCACGGUGAUGAUGAUGAAGACAAGCGUGAAGAAGAAUACAUGAAAGAAUAUCAUCGUUAUGAUUCUUUUGCUCCCGUUCGACACGGGGCUCGCGUGAAAACGUACGUCGACGGUCAAGAUUAUUGCUGGGCUGUGUCUGAAGCCAUCGAACACGCAAAGGAGUCGAUUUUCAUUGAGGAUUGGUGGUUGUACCUUCGAAGACCGCCUGUCAAGUAUCCUGAGUAUCGUCUUGAUGCUCUUUUGAAGAGAAAAGCAGAACAGGGCGAAGUGGAAUUGGCACUGACACUUGACAGUGAGCAUACGAAGAAAACACUGCAAGCCUUGCAUGAAAAUAUUGUCGUGCUUCGUCAUCCUGAUCACGCUAUUGGUGGUACCUUUUUCUGGUCUCAUCACGAAAAGUUUGUUGUGGUGGAUAACCGCAUCGCCUUCUUGGGCGGUAUCGAUUUGUGUUUCGGACGCUGGGAUACGCAUGCUCAUCGACUGGCUGAUUUCCACUAUGCAGAACCUGGCUUGGAAAUUUUCCCUGUGAAAAAUUGGGAUAUGCGUUUGAUUGAUAAAACCGUCGUUCCGAGAAUGCCAUGGCACGACAUGUCAUUGUGUAUCCUUGGUGGACCUGUAUUGGAUGUCGCUCAUCAUUUCUGCGAACGGUGGAAUUUCAUCAAACACGAGAAAGCCAUGGAUCACGAUAACGUGCCGUUCUUGCAACCCCCUCUUGGUGGUUUCGCUGGUCAUCAGCGUUUCGUCAUUCCUAAUGAAGAUCCAGAGAACCACCGUCAUCAACGUCGUCGCUUCCAACAUGGAACUCGCGGUGUCACCGGUACGUGCCGCGCUCAAGUCCUUCGUAGCAGCGGCGAGUGGAGCUUGGAUAUCCCUACAGAGCAUUCUAUUCAGAACGCCUACCUUGCUGCGAUCUAUGGUGCUGAGCACUAUGUUUACAUUGAAAAUCAAUUCUUCAUUACUUCGACCGAAAAGGACGAUGAUUAUAUUUUGAAGAAUUUGAUUGGUCAAGCGAUUGUCAACCGUAUUAUUCGUGCGCACGAAGAACGGUCCAAGUUUAAGGUCUUUGUCGUCAUGCCAUUGAUGCCUGCCUUCCCAGCUGAUCUCAGUACCAAGGAAGCAGCCACAGCUAGAUUGGUGAUGCAUUAUCAAUAUGUGUCGAUCUCCCGUGGUGGCAAGAGUAUUAUUGAUAAGCUUCAACAGGCGAAUAUUGAUCCCAACGAAUACAUCCGCUUCUACAGUUUGAGAAGCUACGAUCGCAUCAACCGCAACAGAAUGGAAGAGAUGUUGGCUUCUCAAGCCGGUUACAGCAGCGAGGAUCAACAGUUGAAUGAAGCUGGUCAAAGAGAUGAGGAACAACGAGCUCAAUUUAUUCGUCAUGCUGGCGAUCCCGAUUUUGUUCGAGGCACAAAGGGCGAGAGCCGCGUCGACGACGAAGUGGAAUAUGCUCGUGUGGCUGGAAGAGAAGAAGCAGAAAGAAUGCAAGAGGAGUACCGUCGCCGCGCCGAAGAGUACGAUGGAGAACCUGGUAUCGCUUCCGACUCGAUCGCUCAUAAUGCCAUGAAGGGUGGUGAUCUUCAAUCAGAACCCUGGGUGGAUGAUACAGCCACCAGUCAACCCCGAGAUGAAGCAGCCGAAAAGGACGAAGCCCGUGAUUAUGUCAGCGAAGAACUCUACAUCCAUGCCAAACUUUUGAUUGCUGAUGAUCGUGUGGUGAUUAUGGGUUCCGCCAAUUUGAAUGAUCGCUCGCAGUGUGGUGACCGCGAUUCCGAGAUUGCAUUAUUAGUGGAAGAUCAGGACAUGAUCCCCUCCCGCAUGAAUGGACGUUAUUAUGAAGCUAGCCGAUUUGCUGCCACUUUGCGUCGCAAAUUGUGGAAAGAACAUCUUGGAUUGAUCCCUGAUCGUCCCACGGAUGAAGUGAACGCGGAUAUGUUGCCUUUGCCUAUUCCUCCCGUGGAUACCACAGAUUCUGAGGAGGAUGCCAUCGUUAUGGAUCCCUUGGGUGAGGAGACUUUGGAGUUAUGGAAUGAUACCGCCAAAGUAAACACGGUUGCUUUCCGCGAAGUCUUCCAUUGUGUUCCCGACGAUAAUGAAUACAAGGCCUUCUAUCCCGAUCCCAGCCAGAUCGAUAUCGGCCACGUAUGGGAUCCUGAAAUGUCCGUUGAGACUAUCCGUGGUCAUCUGAGUGAAAUUCGCGGUCAUUUGGUAGAGUUCCCUCUUCAUUUCUUGGAGAACAUUGAUUUGCAAGGCGAAUCUAUUCCCUUCAUUAGCGAUGUUGUGCAGGAACUGUAUACCUAA